CAGUCCAAGCUACCAACUGCUAACUUUAGCCUUACAUUAAACUGACAUAUGAGAGUGGUAUCUUCUCUAUAAGCCUGUUUCCAAAAAUGUCUAAAGAUUCCUUUCAAUAACAUUUAAGUUUCUUUCCACUGAAGUCUAAAAACAUGUAAAACCUUUGCUUAAUACCAACUGAAAUUCAAAUCACUCGAAUCAUAUGACUGUAGAUAUUUGCAUUAUAUUAAUGAUUAAAAUAUCAGAGAACAAUUUCUGUUCACCGUUUUCUUUUAGUAAACUUAAAAGUUUUAGGCAGGCCAACCUUAAAUCACCCCAGCCACCACACGUGUCAGCAACGUGACUCUUUUCCACCAGCUCCUGGCAGCAUUAAAGGCGGCCAGUACAUUUCAACAGUUGGACAUUUUAAAUAUUUAAGGGAGAGAUCGUAACUAAUAGGUAUAACUUCAACAUUUCAAAGACAGCGUCUAACUUUAAAAGUGGGCAUUUGGCUGCUGCUGCUGUUUUUCCAGCUCAUCUAUCUAAACUGUCGUGUGGUCGAGCAAACUGAUAGAAUCUAAUGUGUCACUGUAUGGAUGCACAGAUCACCUGCAGUGGAAAAAUGUUACUUAUGUAUGUAAAGCCUGUUUCUACAAGCACACCACGUGUUGUCAGCACCUUACACGCGCGGGACCUCUGUUAAGUCUGAGUUUAAUAUUUCCAUUAAUUAACAAGGGCAAUUUUUUUAGAUUAAUUAACAAAAUAGAAAAAGAAAUUGUGUCACUUGAAACGGUGUCAAAGGGAUGGUGGCGCCCUAAUUAAUGGUCAUUCUAGCCCCAGCUUUGAGUUACACAGGAGCUGCCUGUCAAACAGAUAACCCUGUUAGAGGAAUGUCACCUGCCUCAGUCUGAGCCAUGCAUGUAGCUGCUCAUGCUUGUGAAGUGGAUUUACCAACACCAUGCUUAAGGACAAUUUGAAUAACUUGAGUAGUAACAUUUUUUAAAGAAGAAAUGCCCUUUUAGUAUAAUUUUUUUUUUAAUAUUGAGAUUUGGAAACCUUACCCUGUAGGAUGGCAACCUCAAAUGGAAAAGGUGAAAAGGUGUCCAAAUUUGAGACACUGAAGCUUUUGGAGAAAUGCAGAAAGGAAAGAGACGAUGCCAUACACAGAGAAAGUGUUCUCAGAGAGAAACUUAGACAGUACGAGUCAAGGAUGCGUUCAACUGAGGCUCUGAAACAGAAACUGAAGACCUUGACUAUGGACAACAAAGAGCUGAGGAAACAAGUGAAGACUCUUCGCACUGAGAUUGGACUCGAGUGCAGCCCUAAGUUCAAUGGAAAGACCACAAAGGACAUAAUCAACGACUUGCAUGAAAAGGACCGUGAGUGCAGUUCCCUGGUGGAGAAGGCUGGGAAACUAAGUCUGACCAUUGAUGAUUUGACCUCAGAGUUGGCCAAUACAGUCACCUCUAAGACACUUUUAGAGGAUCAAGUGCAGUCAUUGCAGCAAAAUCUCAAGGAUAUGACAAAUAACCAACGCCGUCUGCUGAAAUUGUGGGAAGACAAGAAGUCCCAGAGGGAGCAGCUGGCCCUCCCUGCAAUUGCCCAGAAACCAGGACAAAAACCAUUUGUCCAUAGAGCAGUUCAAACUGAGAUGUCCAUUGGUCUAUCCCAAAAGCUCCCAGUCAAUGCCUUUGAGACCAAGCCAUUCUCUUUGGAUAAUGACAAAAAGACUGUUUUGGAUAAACACAGUUUUCCAAAUUAUGGAAACGGCUAUCACCAUGACAAGAAAGGUUUUUUGCACGACGAAGCCAAAGGAAUUCAGAAUUGACUUGACUCACUGACUCACAGCCACUGACACUCUUAAAAAAUAAAGCAGAGAUUUAGCAAAUCAUAAUUGGACAAACUGGAAAAAUGAAUAUAUCUGUAAAUAAACAAAUGAGUAAAAGGACAUACGAUUUAAACAAUGAAAGGCUGUUUUAAUGGCUUGUCUUGGUGCCUUGUGUAAUUUAAUUCUGUGACAAUGUAGUUAUUUCACUAUAUCAUUCAACUGUAAGCUAACUUUAUAGACCUGUUUCAGUAAACUA